ACCCUCCCUGACAUUUUCUCUGUGCCAGUGAGAAGGAAGGGAUAGACUCGCGAGAGAGAGGCUGGCCUCAAAAUAUCAAGAAGCAAACCAAGAUUGUUUCCUGAAAUCCGAGUGCCCAUUGCCAUCCCGUUAUCUGCAUAUCUUGUCUCCCUCUGCGGGCAACAGCGGUUUUUCUUUCAAAAGGAGCCCGGAGAUCCGAUUCAGUCAUCACCUAAUAUCUAAAAUUAACGAAUAAUGAGCCUUUCUCCGUUUCCAGCACGUGGAGGCAUUCCUCCACCCGUCCCGCCAAAGAUUUCUGCUCUCCCGCAUAUUGCUGCUGCUCUCGCGACAGCGGGUGCCCCGACUGCCCCGGUAAGCUUCCUGCUUUAUUGCGGGCUCUCUCUCUCCCUUGGAUUCUCGUUGACCGAAUUAUAGCAGAAGCACAAGAGGAAUGCGCCUUCCCUGUCAAAGGGGAUAUCUUUUGAUAACCUCGUGAGUUUCUAUUCAAAUUCACGAAAUCCAUCUCCGACAAAACAGCUGGAAAACUCUCCAGCUCUGGUGGAGCCCCCUCAGACCAAGGCAGCACCUUCCACGGCUAUGAUGGCCCCAAAAGAAACGCCCAGUUCGGGUCUUCAGAAUUCCCCAUCUCAAUCUUCAAGCGGCUUUAGUAUCGCAAGUGCAAAGCAAAGAGCAAAGGGUGUAUUUACGGCUCGUCGCAAGGGAAGCCAAUCGGAUCUCGAGACGAUGGAAACGGUCCAGGAAGUCUGUAUGGACUCUCGUAAGUAUUCCGGCCGAGUGAUGUCGAAAUACGGGAAUGAUAUCAAUGCUAACUUUUGUCGCCCGAAGCCACAAUACCUGGCCGCCCAGCCAUAUAUCAGGAAGCAGAAACAACAGGCUGGCGAAAUAACGCAUUCAGUGAAAUCCUGGUAUCGAGCAUAAGUUCUCCGCCGGCAUUAGACACCCUUCCGGCGUUUAGUCCCGUGGAAAAACCAAUCGAGAAACCUAUUUUGCCCUCAACCCUUGCUCCACCUCUCCACACCCCGUGGCCAGCAACGGCUGGGGAUACUCCGCCCCGGGUCCCUCCGAAGAGCGGUCCUGUUCUACAAAGGGCGCCGACAUUACUCAAGAAACGCGCGGAAUCCCUUGGAACUGCGGAGGGGAACCUAGGGAGGGAGAGGGUUACCCAACGGCCCCGCGCCGAUUCUGCUCCUCCGGUGCGGCAUGCCUCCACCAGGAUCAAUCCGCAUGCCGAGGUAGAGCGCCCAGGUUCCGCCGACUCGGUGGUCGCAUCAAAGCAGCGCCAUAAACGUAAGAAGAGUAAUAUAUCUCCAUCUCUUCCCCAAGGAGUAAAGCCUUCCAAAGCGCCGAUUCACUAUCCAUAUAGCCAAAUCGAAUCACUACAGACUGCCGCCAAGCUUCGGUCCGAGGAAUUUUGUGUCUUACAUCCAAAGGAUGUUGAGGGGCUUUCGAAAGAGUUGUCGCAGUUGGAAACAAGGUGCCAAUACCUUCGGGAGACUCAUAAAUCUCUUAGGGAUGGACGGAGGACACUGCACACUCGCAUGUUGGCCUAUUUGAGGUCUGCUCGUUCGGCUGUCUUCUCAAGAGAGAGUUUAUUGAAACAGGAAGAAGCGCUUGCUGAGCUUGAUGCUGCCAUUGACGAUUGGCACAACAAACUUGAGAAGGUUCAUAUCCCCCCACCUACAUCCUCGACGGUGUCGCUAACUCUAAUGAAAGGCUGAGGACCGAAGGGCGCGAGUCAAAGAGAAACUUCUUGAGCAUCUCGCUGCCGCCUUGAGCGUUUCCGAUUGUGCCUACCCUCCCUCUGAGAGAGGCAUGAACACACCUCCAGCGACACCGGAGAGACAAGGGCGUAGCGGAUUUGUUGACAGCGAAUCGAUAACAAUAUACGCACUUUUAGCGGACGUUGAACAGGAAAUCAAGAGGUCGACAGCAAUGGGAUAUCAAGCCCAAGUAAGCUAUUAG